GAAAGAAGGCGCACGGUCGCGUUGCGUUCGGUGCAUUAUUAAUUUAGGAUAGUUUUUAGUGCUUAUAACGAAGAACUGAUUUAAUUAAAAUUGUAACGAAAAUAUCACUAUGCAUUCUUGUUAAGUAUUGUUUGUCAAACUAUAUUUAUGUAAUCGUGCUUCCUGCUACGCGCGUCUCUAUCUAUCUCUUUUGCACAACGCAGUAAAAACAAAUGAAUUAUAUUUUUUAUCAAUUCAGAAAAGUUGUUGUGUAAAGGCGUUUAAAGGGCAAUUUGCAUAAUCUUUGCAACACGAGUGCAUAUGUGCAAUUAGUGUUUAAUUGAAAAGCAGAAGCAAAACAAUUACAUAUUUGAUUGCAAAUAUACAAAAUACAAAAAAAAAAUGCAGUGAAGGCGCAUUAAUUGAAUCAAGCGCAAGCAAUCGUGGAAAAUAAUUGAAAUUGUGAACGCAACUAGUUAAUAUAUAAAUAACCACCAACAACAUUAAAUUGUACAGUACAACAAAAUGUCAAAUACUGAAGACAGCGAGCUGGACCCGCAAAUUCAGAUUGAACUGGAGAAUCUCAAUAGCGCUACAGAUGAGAUUAACAAACUGGAAAUCGAAUUGGAGGAGGCCAACUCAACUUUUCGCAUUCUUUUAAAUGAGUCGACGCGUCGCCUGAAACUCUCUUCGAAGAAACUCGGCAGUUGCAUAGAGAAGGCGCGACCCUACUAUGAUGCACUGGACAAGGCACGACAGGCACAAAUCGAAUGCCAGCAAGCAGCUGUCAAGUUCCAGCGAGCCAAUGAAAUCCAUGCAGCUGCGAAGGAAACGGUGGCUUUGGCCGAGCAGCGUUUUAUGUCCAACUCACAUGAAUGGCAAUUUGACAAUGCCUGGCAAGAGAUGCUAAACCAUGCCACGCAAAAGGUUAUGGAUGCGGAGAAGCAAAAGGCCGACUGUCAUGCAGAGCAUCAGCGACGCACGCGGCUUUUUCAUACCGCUGAACAAAAGUUGCAGCAGCUGGAGGAUCGUUUUAGGCGCAGCAUUAACAAGUCACGCCCGUAUUUUGAGGAGAAACAAGUCUGCCAGGAUCAGCUACAGACGCAAAAGAAUCGCAUACAGGAGCUGCAGCAGCAGGUGUCGCAGGCCAAGAGCACUUACUCCACAGCGCUGCGCAAUUUGGAGCGCAUUAGCGAAGAUAUACACCGGCAACGUGGUGACUAUCCCACGCUUAGCGGCUCACCGCCACCGCCUGGAACACGCGAGCCAGGCGUGGGUGCUGAACUGAAUACGCCCACCUCCAGUGCGUUGCCAUCACUGCCAGACUUUCAGCUAGAGCUGGAGAAAUGCGACUAUCCCUCGAUAGCAGGCAGCCAAAUGUCUUUAGGUGCUGGCGCCGCGGCCAAACAGUCCGAGGACGAAACGGAGGCUGAAGAUGAUAAUGUGUGCGACUAUGAUGAGACCGCUUUGGGUAAUGAGCUACGCGGUGUUGUGGAUGAGCGCCAACUGGAGGCAUUGCGUCAAAGAGUCAAAAUACUAGCUGUGCGACCCAUAGAAGGCGGCGAUGGACAGCAACAGAACGAUGUGUGGGAGCACGAGCUAAAGGCCACAGUUGACAAGUUGGAUCAUCUGAUGAUGCUCAAGGAGGCGGCCAAGCAUCAACAGCUUACACAGCGUGCCAAGUCUAGUGAGUUGCGACCAGAUUCGCUGGGUGCGGAGGCGCUGCAACGGCACACCGACACUGAUGAUGUGGAUGCCCACGAUGUUGUCAUCAAAAUAGCCAAGACUACAACGUCCGUGGCACUUAGCCUGCCAGUAACGCCGCAGCAUCAAGGCAAUGGCGGCGCCCAAGCGACCAUCAAGAAGUUGCAACAACAGCUUGCCCCACUGCCAUCGGUGAAUGUCUCUAUGCGUGAGUUGCCAUUGCUCGCUCGGCUUUCCAAUGAGCUGAUUGAUCGCAGCAGCGCCGCCAUGGGCAGCAUGCGUAAGCAGCUGCGUCGCCGCUCUCUUGAAUAGCAACAGCAACAGCUGUCGUCGGUAUAGCGCUCUCUCAACCACUCGCUCUCUAAGAAGUCUACACAACGUGCGCGCGUAUAUCAAAUUGAAAGUUUGUUUAUAUUAAAUGAAUAAUUGUAAAGAAACGCAUUUAGUUCACACUGAAUAUUAAGCACAUGCCUAUAAUAUACAUUAAAAAUAGCAUAUAUUUUCUUAUAAAUUAUCAUAAAUGUUGAGUAAUUUCUAUUUGUCCCGUGUGACUGUCGCUAAAAAUUGUUAAUACUAUAUGUGAAAAGCAAAACGUACAUACAUAUGUAACUAAACUAUAUUUAAAUGUCAUUAUUUGUGAUUGCAAAAACGAAUAUCGUAAUUUGUGUGCGAACUGCAAGAAAUGCUUUAACACAAUAAGCAUAUUUAAGUUAAUGUUUAAUGCAAGAUUUAAAAUAAAUGUAUUGAAAAACUAACAAAAAAUGAACAGCACCUUACAUAAAAACGAAACGAAUUCAAUUAGUCCUUAAGCAACAAAUCUCAAAUUAUUGUGUAAGCUUAAGGAUAAAAGCAAAGUAUUUCAGCGUAGUUAAAAAAUACAAUUUUAAAAU